CCCCUGCUUUCCCCUCCCGCCCCUCCAACCGCCCCCCCUCCCGGAUGGGGGAAAAAAAAGAUGUCAGCUCCUCCGCUGUAGUAUUGCUCCUUAAAAACCCCUCUCUCUGAAAAUGACAUGCCCUCGCAAUGUAACUCCGAACUCGUACGCGGAGCCCUUGGCUGCGCCCGGCGGAGGAGAGCGCUAUAGCCGGAGCGCAGGCAUGUAUAUGCAAUCUGGGAGUGACUUCAACUGCGGGGUGAUGAGGGGCUGCGGGCUCGCGCCCUCGCUCUCCAAGAGGGACGAGGGCGGCAGCCCCAACCUCGCCCUCAACACCUACCCGUCCUACCUCUCGCAGCUGGACUCCUGGGGAGACCCUAAGGCUGCCUACCGACUGGAACAACCUGUUGGCAGGCCGCUGUCCUCCUGCUCCUACCCACCUAGUGUCAAGGAGGAGAAUGUCUGCUGCAUGUACAGCGCAGAGAAGCGGCCGAAAAGUGGCCCUGAGGCAGCCCUCUACUCCCAUCCCCUGCCGGAGUCCUGCCUUGGGGAACACGAGGUGCCAGUGCCCAGUUACUACCGCGCCAGCCCGAGCUACUCGGCGCUGGACAAGCCGCCACACUGUGCUGGGGCCAACGACUUCGAGGCCCCUUUCGAGCAGCGGGCCAACCUCAACCCGCGUACCGAACAUCUGGAGUCGCCCCAGCUCGGCAGCAAAGUGAGUUUCCCCGAGACCCCUAAGUCCGACAGUCAGAUCCCCAGCCCCAGUGAGAUCAAGACCGAGCAGUGCCAGGCGGGCCCCAAAGGCAGCCCCUCGGAGAGCGAAAAGGAGAGGGCCAAGACUGCCGGCUCCAGCCCAGAAACCUCGGAUAACGAAGCGAAAGAGGAGAUAAAGGCAGAAAACACCACAGGAAAUUGGCUGACAGCAAAGAGCGGAAGGAAGAAGAGGUGCCCCUAUACUAAACACCAGACGCUGGAAUUGGAGAAAGAAUUUCUGUUCAAUAUGUAUUUGACGCGAGAGCGCCGCCUGGAGAUUAGCAAGACCAUUAACCUUACAGACAGACAAGUCAAAAUCUGGUUUCAAAAUCGCAGAAUGAAACUCAAGAAAAUGAACCGAGAGAAUCGGAUCCGGGAACUGACCUCCAAUUUUAAUUUCACCUGAGCUCUCGGUCUCUCCUCCCCCUCCCUUCUCCCCCCUCCUUCCUUUCCCCGCCCCUCCUCCCUUUGUGCCUGGUGGUAUAUUUUUUUUUCCUCCCUGAGUAUAAAUGCAACACGCCUGCAAAAAAAGGCAACGACCUCAGACUCUCCUUCCAAGGGACCUAUGGUUCGUGCUGCGAAGAUGCUUCCACCUAAAGCAUGAGAAAUUGGGUUGGGGGUGUGGGGUAUGGCGUGUGCCCGCGUAGAUGGGGUGGGAGUGUGGCUGGUGUGUGUGUCAAGCCCUCACUCACCCACGCACUUACACACAGCACCCUGUUCUUCAUGCGAAGUUGAGGUGGAAUUCACCCGAUUGUAGGGGGGAAAGAGGGAAAAUACCAACCAGAGAGGGUUUGUAAUCUCUCAGAGCACAGUCAGAAUCUCUCCUUCCUUGCUGCAUUUCUUCCUUAGAAUAAUAGACAUUUCAGAAAGUUCGGCUAGUGUUUGUGUGUUUGUUGUAGCGCCCAGCGCCUCCACUGAACCCUUUUCUGUGUCUUUAGCUCCCAGUCGCUAUGAUAAUCUGCUUGAAGUCUCGUAUUUGUACUGCUUUCUGCUUUUCUCCCACCCCUUCCAGUAUCUCCACAUCCCCCAGCCACUGACAUCUCAGAAAUUCUAUUCAGAGGAACAAAACAAACAAAAAAAAUAAUAAUUUUUUUAAUUGAAAAAGAGCAUAGCAAAGAAAAAAAAGCAAACCAGAAUGCACCCCCUCCCCCAACACCGCCCUUCCCUAUCUGGGAGUUGUGUUAUUUAUAGAUAUUCUUCUGUAUGUUGUACCUUUUGCAUGUAGCUUCCUUAAUGGAGAAAAAAAAUCCUAAUAAAUUUCCAGAAUCAUAAUCCUCAAA